UUGGUCGUUUAUUGCUGCGUCGUUGAGGAAGUGUUAGUUGUGAUACAUCAUGUAAGGCGGCAUGUAAGGCAUCGGGUCCACGAUCGUGGUUCGCGGUUCGCGAGCGCCUUGCAUCAUCCGCGUCCCGAGCGAGGCUGCGGCGCCGCCCCGCUCCGUUCGCGGUCUCCAUGGCGACCAGCUCAAAUGACGUAUCGAUCCCGCGUGGAGGAGGGGGGCUCGCGGCUCGCGGGGUGGCGCCGCUCCACCCGACAAACCCCAGCACCCCCUGCACCCCUACCACUCGACCGUUGGCCCAUGCAAAAUGACGAAUGUAAAGUUUGGAUAUACCUCCUUGGAAGGAAAUGA